ACAGACAGAGAGAAAGAAACAGAGAGAGAGAGACAGAGAGAGACAGACAGAGAGAGGGGGAGGGUCUCUUUCCUCCCUGGAAUUUAGUUUUGUCUCUCUGCACCAGUCACACACACACACACACUCUGAGUGGAGCUGAUCUGGACCAGGUGAACAGAUCACAGGUGUGUGUGCGUGUGUUUGUGUGUGUGUGUGUCUGAGUGUCGAGCAGUGUUUAAAGAAAAAUGACAGAAAGGCUUGCAUGUACAAGAAACGAUGGAAGACAUACAGAAAAUGGACACCAUUGUGAGACUCAGUCAGACACCGGUGGGAAACUGGAGGAUGAAGAUGAGAAGAAGGUGGGACUGGGGAAGAAGGUGACCCUGCUUCGAGGCGUUUCCAUCAUCAUCGGCACCAUCAUCGGAGCAGGGAUCUUCAUCUCUCCAAAGGGCAUCCUGCAGCACUCGGGCAGUAUAGGAAUGUCCCUGGUCGUGUGGAUCGCCUGCGGCGUGCUGUCACUUUUCGGAGCCCUGUCCUACGCUGAGCUGGGGACUUGUAUUAAGAAGUCGGGUGGACAUUACACAUAUCUAAUGGAAGCCUUUGGACCUCAGAUGGCUUUCAUAAGGCUAUGGGCUGAUCUCAUUGCUAUAAGGCCUGCAGCGAUGGCAGUCAUCUCUCUGGCGUUUGGUCAGUACAUCCUGGAGCCUCUGUUCAUGCCCUGUCAUAUCCCGCCUGUCGCUAUCAAACUGGCCACUGCCAUUGGCUUAACUUCUGUUAUGUACCUGAACUGUAUGAGUGUGACAUGGACAGCAAGGGUCCAAAUCCUCCUCACCUUCAGCAAGCUCCUGGCCAUCAUUGUGAUCAUACUGCCUGGAAUGUACCAGCUCUUCAGAGGAGAGACGAGGAACUUUGAAAAUGCCUUUGACCUGAACAAUGUGAAGCUGUCUGGUAUGCCCCUUGCCUUCUACUCCGGGAUGUACGCAUAUGCUGGAUGGUUCUACUUGAACUUUGUGACAGAGGAAGUCGAUAACCCUGAGCGGACUGUGCCGUUAGCUAUCUGUAUCUCCAUGGCGAUUGUGACUUUCUGCUAUGUUCUAACCAACGUGGCGUACUACACGGUGAUGUCAGCAGAGGAGCUCCUGGCCUCGCCGGCAGUCGCUGUGACUUUUGCAGAAAGACUGAUGGGUAACUUCUCCCUCGCGGUGCCGGUGUUUGUGGCCUUGUCCUGCUAUGGCUCCAUGAAUGGCUGCCUCUUUGCCUUGUCAAGGAUGUUCUAUGUGGCGUCACGUGAAGGACAGCUCCCUCAGGUUUUAUCAAUGAUCCACGUCCGCAGACACACUCCACUGGCUGCUGUCUUCAUACUGUACCCUAUGACCUUGCUCCAGCUGUUUGUGGGAGACAUCUACAGCCUGUUGAACUUCAUGAGCUUCCUGCGGUGGCUGUUCAUCGGCAUUGUGGUGCUGGGUUUAAUCUACCUCCGAUACACAAAACCUGACCUCCCCCGCCCCUUUAAGGUCCCACUCUUCAUCCCAGUGGUGUUCUGUUUCAUAUGUUUCUGCAUGGUCUUCAUGUCUCUGUACUCGGACCCGGUCAACACAGGGAUUGGAUUUGCUAUUUCCCUCACUGGGAUCCCAGCCUACUACAUCUUCAUUCACUUCAACAACAGACCACAGUGGCUUCAGGAGGCUUUAGAUUCCUUCAACAGAACCCUGCAGAUCCUCCUAAUGGUCGUCCCUGCUGAGGAAUAACAGCAAGCAAACACUGCAUCACCUCUUUGGUCUCUUCAAAUCAUGCACAGAAACAGAACUCUCAGCCAGAAAGUUAAAUUGCUGUUGCACGCUGCAAAAACUUAAUAUAAUGCAAAGCUAUAAAUGUCUCUGCAGAAUGUGAGUUUAUAUCAUGUGUGUUAUUAUAGGACAAAAAUGAAGUGAAAAUCAUUUUAUAAAUACAUAUCAUUCUUUUUUGGAAUAAUGUGAUUUGCAUUUAUGGAAGUGUAAACACCUACCGCAUCAUAUUUUCCUCUAAACAAGCCACACUAACUGUGUCUGCACAGGCCAAGCCAGCAAGACACAGCUGCUGUGUGGAUUAAUGUGGUUUAAUCACAUUGUGCCUGAGUCUGUGCAGACAGGUCUAUCCCACAUUUUCACUGUUUCCUUCAUGUCAGAGCAACCACAGGAGGGACUGACAGCCUGUUGCACUUCUAGUGGCAACAAUGGGUCAUCUGUCCAGAACCAGCAUUAAUGUUUAUUUCUUUUAACCCGUUUAUUUGUGGGGCUUGAGCAUCAUGUCUUGAAAUUCAAUCAAAUUUCGUUGGGAUCAGUAACCAAAGGGUUACCUGAUGUGGUCCUUUUCAGAUCCGAGAACAAGACAGGGUGGGAUGAGGGGUUGUGUUUUAAUUUACUUCUUACUUUAUAACAUGUUGUCAGUUUGUUAUGGUCAAUCAUGUAGCUCAUCACCAAGGUAACAGGUAGCACGAGUAGAUGGACAAACUGUAAGUAAAUCAGUAUGGCUGGUUGGCAGCACUUGGUGUGAUGCUCAUGUUACAGUGCUGUUGUUGGGUUAAUAAAACCGCUCGUUCUGAGUACAGACAAACUGUAACAGCAGUUAAUGUGACACUCAGUAAGCUAAUCAGCUAGCACAGUGAUCAGAAUUAGUCAUAUCGGUGAAUACUCAGUCAGUAUCAGUAGUCCAUCGUGUUAUGUUUUACUCCACGUAUUGUGAUGCUUCAAACUGAAUCCCCGAUGUACUGAAAUAUACAUCUGAUGGACUGCUUUUGGAAAAUUAGCAAAUUAGCAUGAGAUAGUAGUGUUUGGUGUCACUGUGGCUCACUGCAGCCUGAGUCUUCAAUUCUUAAUAAAUAUUUUGUUCAAAUACUGAACCAUUCUCAUCAUAGGAUUAAUAGAAAUGGUACAGUGAUAUUGUUAAUGCCAGAUUCACAACAUUUAAUGCUAUGUUGUUUUCAGGAUAAAGGAGUAUGAAGAAAGUAGUGUGAUGUUUUCAUUUUCUGCGACACUGAUUGCUAUGCCAUAA